UGAGCACUGCGGUAUUAUCCGAGCAGCCCCACACCGGACUCGGACUUCUCCCGUUAAAUGCUCGUUUUUCCUCGACGACUUUUCUCCUUUUUAUAAUUUAUAUUUUUUUCAUUUAUAUCCAGCCGGGAUUUUCAUGGAAAAAGAUAUUACUCAAUGACAGCCUCUCUCUCUCCCGCUGGGAGGACAGCUGGUGCGGUGAUAACGUCGAGGGGGGGUGAUGCCCUUGACUUGGGGAGGAGGAGUUUGAAGGAGAAGGGGGGCACCGUCAUCUAAUGUACCAAAAAAAAAAAAGCUGUGACAUUGUAACGGUGUGAUCUUCACUGGCAGGACCUGUCUGGGAUGCGGCGCAUGCUCUGCGAGUUCAUUUCGUCACUGCCAGCAUUGUCCUGCUGAGGGAAGCCAUCGAGUGGAAAUGUUGUGCAUCUGCAGGGAGCCCUGGCCCUGGAGCACCGCUGGCCGAGCUGAGGAGGCCUAAGCGAUGUCCACCUCCGGAUUAGAUGGUUGCUGAAGGCGAAUGUGCAUGUCAAGAUAAACAAACCGGGACUGAGGCUGUGCUGCCUGCACUGCAGAUAAGCAGAAGCUGUGAGUGUGCUCUCCCCUCUGGUUGACGUUGUUGCUUUUUUUUGGGCCUCUUUGUGUGCCAGACUGUGUUUGUGGGAGUAGAUGUGCUUAUUAAUAAUGAAUGUAUUGGGCAGCAGCCCCUAGACUGUAGACUCAAAGCUUGGUAACUGGGGUGGGUUUAUUUCUAACCCCUAAAGAAAGGCGGGUUUGACUUGGAAUAAUGGCAGACCACGAGGAAGAAGAGUUGUCCGAGUCCCUUCAGAAGGAGGAAGGCUUUUCCAGUGAGCCGGAGGAGCCGAACUUUAAAUCUAAAAGUUUGCCUGUUUUAAACGAAGCAGCCCCUCAAGAGGAAACCUUGCUCACUAGUUCUGUGCGGAUGUCUAUAACAGCAGAAGAGAGCGCAGAAUUUAUCCAGCUUCCGGCUAAGACUGAGUCCUUCCAGGCAGAGUCCCCGACGAGAACAAACUAUGUGCCCAAGCCGGGGAAGUCGGCGCUAAACAGACCAAGCUCGUACAUGGAGAACACAGAGAUCCGCAGGAGUAAAAAUUUAGCGAGAGGGAAGCCCCCGGGGUUUUUCGCUUCCAGGCUCGCUCGGAUCCGUCUGCCCAGCAGGAAGUACCUGAGCAUCUUCCUGCAGGACUCCCGCUGCUUCCUGUUCUGCAUGUGCUACCUGACGUUCAUCCAGUCGCUCAUGGUGUCCGGCUACCUCAGCAGUGUCAUCACCACCAUAGAGAAAAGGUACAGCCUGAGGAGCUCCGAGUCGGGUCUCCUCGUCAGCUGUUUCGACAUAGGGAGCCUCCUGGUGGUCGUCUUUAUCAGCUACUUUGGUGGUCGGGGCCAGAGGCCUCGCUGGCUGGCGGUGGGUGGAGUUUUCAUUGCUGUCGGCGCCGCCCUCUUCUCCUUGCCGCACUUCAUCUCCCCGGCCUACCAGAUCCAGGAGGUUAACUCGACCUUUGGCAACGAGGGCCUGUGUUUGAACAGCAACGCUAGCGGCAGGGACCGCGUUGACAUCACUUCCUGUCCCAGAGACCAGGAGGGCAACGAGCACAACCUGUACGUGGCGCUGUUCGUCAUCGCCCAGAUCCUGGUGGGCAUGGGAUCCACGCCCAUCUACACGCUCGGACCCACCUACCUGGACGACAACGUCAAGAAGGAGAACGCCUCGCUGUAUCUAGCCAUGAUGUACGUGAUGGGAGCACUGGGUCCAGCGGCUGGCUACCUGCUGGGAGGAGUCCUCAUCGGCUUCUACGUGGACCCCAAGACUGUUGUGAACAUUGAUCAAAGCGACCCCCGCUUCAUCGGAAACUGGUGGAGCGGGUUCCUGCUCUGCGCCGUGGCCAUGCUGCUGGUCAUCUUCCCCAUGUUCACCUUCCCCAAGAAGCUGCCGCCCCGACACAAGAAGAAGAAGAGGAGGAAAAAGGUGAGCAUGGACGACCUGUCCAGCGACGACGACGUCCACAAGGAGAAGAGCAACAACAACAAGAACCAGACGGUCACCUCGUCCAUGGGCUUCGGCAAAGACAUCAAAGACCUGCCAAAAGCAGCAGUGAGGAUCCUCAGCAACGUGACCUUCCUCUUCGUCAGUCUGUCCUACACGGCGGAGAGCGCCAUAGUCACCGCUUUCAUCACCUUCAUCCCCAAGUUCAUUGAGUCUCAGUUUGGCAUCCCGGCCUCUAGCGCCAGCAUCUACACCGGAGUGAUUAUUGUGCCCAGUGCCGGCGUUGGCAUCGUCCUGGGCGGCUACAUCAUUAAGAAGCUGAAGCUUGGAGCUCGCGAGUCGGCCAAGCUGGCCAUGAUCUGCAGCGGAGUCUCCCUGCUCUGCUUCUCCACGCUGUUCAUCGUGGGCUGCGAUAGCAUCAACCUGGGAGGAAUCAACAUCCCGUACACCACCGGACCGACUCUCACCAUGACUCAGAGGAAUCUGACCGGAGGCUGCAACGUGAACUGCGGCUGUAAAAUCCACGAGUACGCUCCGGUGUGCGGCUCCGAUGGCAUCACGUACUUUAACCCCUGCCUGGCCGGCUGCAGCAGCGUGUCCAACGACAGCACCGGGAUCCGUAACUACUCGGACUGCGCCUGCGUCCAGAGCCGGCAGGUCAUCACGCCGUCGUCCAGCGGGCAGGGCAGCAACCAGCUGCAGCUCGUCAUCGUCAAGACCUACCUGAACGAGAACGGUUACGCCGUGUCGGGAAAGUGCGACCGCACCUGCAGCACCCUCAUCCCCUUCCUCAUCUUCCUCUUCAUCGUCACGCUCAUCACUGCCUGCGCCCAGCCCUCCGCCAUCAUCGUCACCCUCAGGUCUGUCGCGGAGCAGGAGCGUCCGUUCGCUCUGGGAAUGCAGUUUGUUCUCCUCAGGACCCUCGCCUACAUCCCGACCCCCAUCUACUUCGGCGCCGUCAUCGACACCACCUGCAUGUUGUGGCAGCAGGACUGCGGUGUCCACGGCUCCUGCUGGGAGUACGACGUCACCUCCCUGCGCUUCGUCUACUUUGGCCUCGCCGCCAGCCUCAAGUUCCUCGGCUUCUUCUUCAUCUUCCUCACUUGGUACUCCAUCAAGUACAAAGAGGAGCGGGUGGAGCGCUGGCUCAAGCGCCACCUGUCUCCGGUCGACACCGUGGGCAGCCUCGUCUGCCACCCGGGUGGCCACAAGGGCCACGCCCGCACCCGCUCCUGCCCCGUCAACAUUCCACGGAACGACCCCAACGCGCUGGCGGCUAACGGCCCGCCGCGCGCCGGCACCCUCAACCGCGGCAUCAGCACCCAGAGUUGCCCCGGCAACGAGCUUAAAGCAAUAACUCCUCCCCCUCCAGCGACGCCGACGCCUGCUGCCUCACCUGCCCCGACUCCGGCCCGUUCGCUGGAACAAGUCUCAGUCCGGGUCUGAGUUUCAGAAGGGGGGGCGGGCACAUGAGGACUUCAUUCUGAAUCCACUCAGGUGGAUUUUAGCCGCUCCACAGCGGAGGUCCUGCUCUCAUCCUUAGACUGUGGGCCGGUUAAAAGCUUGAAUUGGCUUUCAGGUUUUUUUCAGCAUCUGUGGUCUCUUAGGAUCCGGAUUCCUUCAGAACCUCAGAACAAAAAAAUGUUGAAAGCAUCGGAGCGUUUUCUUUGUGAUCCACCUGCUAGCGCCGCGAGCGGACAAAGGCUUAGCAUCCUCACUUUGGACAGAGGAGAGUUCAUCGUUCAUAAACACCACCUGCCCCUCCCCCCUCCCUCACCUCGGCAACAUGUGCCUUCUGUCACCACGGUCCUCACAUGUACGGUACACCCAUGAAUAAAAAAAAACACCCUGACACAGAGGACGUCACUCAGACACCCUGUAGGAUAAAAGAGUCACCUGAACAGAUACCUCAGCUUUCCCUCCACCUCACGUCUGCGUGCUUCUUCUUCUUCUUCUUCUUCAUUGUUUUUUUUUCUUUUGUUUCCCAGACACCACAUAUCACACGGAACAAAAACAAAAAAAAAACUUGGGAUACACUGAAGUUAAGUGUUAAGAACUGGAAACCGAUGGCAUGGUGCUAUGUGAAAAAACAACGUUCAAUGUCCACAUUUAGUUUUUUUUUCUUAGUUUUUAGGGGGUUAAAAAAAACACUUGAAAAGAACCCAACGGGACGGCAGGUCACUAGGCUAAGCAGCUUGGCAACGCACAGAAUGCAUUCUUGUCCCAUGCAAGGCCUUUUGUUGCUCACCAUGGGCACAAUGACACGUAGUAUUACCGCUGGAAGUCGGAUUGUUUUGGCUUUUGCCAGCUUCAUACAAUGCAUCCAUACAUCGCAGCUGUUUCUCCCUCCUGACUUGGCAACCUGAUAAGUGGUUUAACUCAAAAAAAAAAAAGAGAAAAGAAAAGAAAAAAAAAAAUACGUAACUGUUUGGACGAGUCGCCUUCACACGUCUGGAAGAACACUGAACUCUACUCGGAGGACGUCAGGAGGUUGGACUCGAAAAGACGGAGUGACUUUUUAUUUUAUUUUAUUUUUUACCAGGCCCCAAUGAGAGACGCAGCCAAUCAUCUACCGACAAAAAACACGACGUUUGUACGGAAACAUGUACGCAGAUACGUAGUCAACCAUCACGUAGAGGUCUUAGUGUAGUCGUCUGUUCUUCGUCAGCUCCGGAAAAUAAAAAGCUGCGGGUGAAAAGUGAGCUGGAUGAAGAGGAAUAGAAAGUCAGCUUCUCGCUCUGCUUAUGAUGGUUAAUUGUUAAACAGUAGUCCCAAUGAUUUAUGGGUAAUUCUUGCUGAGAAAAAUUAGCAUUAGCCGUUUUUUUUUUUUUUGUUUGUUUUUUUUACUCAACAUGUCGGACGAUGCUGAAGUGUGGAGCGUAAGAAGAAGGUUUAGAUAUUUAGCAAACUUACUUUCUGAGUGAACACUGUCGAGCUGCAGCUUCUGAAGAUUAUUCUUUAAAAUGGUAGCAUCUCAUAUUUAGCAUGCUAGCUAGUUAGCAGCAUUUUGGCUGCUUAGUAGUCAAUUUAAAAACACUUAUUAGUACCUUACUCUACAUGAGUCUACAGCUAACAGGUCAUUAGCUAAGAGUUUGCCCUCCAUACCUCCUGAUUACUGGAUACUAAGUCAGGAAGUUGUUGAACGUGAUUUAUAAUCUUAGGCCAUGUGUCCGCGUUUGUGUGCUGGCAAGGAAAGCGCUGCACAUCCGCCCUGUCUCCAUGACAACAGUCUGUUGAUAACGGCCGCCGUAUGACCGACGUGGCUUCGUUGCCUUUAAGUGAAUGCUGGAGUAAAAAACGAUCUCAAAUAUAAAACAGACACGGAGCAAAGAUCAUUUGGGUACAAGACGCAAUCUGUGGGCGCCAAAAAUACGGGGAAUAUCAUACAUUUGGAAAAGAGCGCCGGUGAAGUCGACAGCAGCUUUCUGGAAAGUCGAAAGACUUGAGCGCUCUUAGUGGCCGCGCAAAAAAUGCGGAACACUUGGAUUAAGGACGCUGGGUUCUAUGCUUCCUCUGGGCGGUCGCCUGAUGCUGCAAACGCUCUCUCCUUAUUGAAUACGACAAAAAAGUGCUAAGUGGACACGAUGCCUAAGAUCAUAAUGUAUGAUCAACAACUUUCUCACUUUCUAUCAAUGAGCAGUAAUCAGGAGGAUGUUGAAAAUGACUGAUUAGCUUUAGACUACGGUCAUGUAGAGUUAGGGUUCGAUCACCAGUAUGCACAAACAGCCACGCUCCGCAGGCGCUCCCCGCUCUUCUACCCCCAGAUGCGGCCGAUCCUAUAGGGCGAAGCGUCUCUGUGUGAUCGCACCCCUGAGGUGCUUAUAAGCGCUAAAUAACGACCGAUAAGCAGCCACUAUGCUACUAAUUAGCAUGCUAAUAAGCAGCUACUAAAUGGAGAAUAUUGUGACGUCUUUUAUUUUUUAAUCUUAAAUAAGUGGAACGAUAAGUCCCUGAUGAUUUCUCAGAGCACACGGUUACAGCUUCAAACGUCUUCAGUUUCAAAUAUACGCAGCACUUAGGGAGACAAACAGCAACUACUCACAUUUAAGAGGCUAAAAUGAUGAAAUAUUUCAUGUUUUUAAAUCAAUUUAGAAAACUAGAUUUUAAAUCAGUCUGUUAAUUAUCGGCUACGUGUUUUAGCAAUAGAGCAGUCCCUAAAAAUAGACCUGCUAGUUGAAGUAGUGGACGAGCAGAAUAACUUUUAAAUGCAAUCGUUUCCAACAAGCAGCUAUCACACUGUAAACAAAGAAACUCUCUUUGGACUCUAAUGAAGUCUUGUUUUCAUGUUUAAAAAAACUCUGCCAGGACAGAAAUACAAAAGAGAAGUGUUUAAAAUCCAAACUUCAGUUUUCACUCCUCACCUGAAGCUUCAUUUUGUAGCCUAUGAUAAAACUUUUAGUGGUGUUUGUGUGCAGGUGGAGUUCGCCCAGCCGCCAUCGACCUGCAGAUGUCAACAUUUUUGUUUCUUCCUGUCGAUCGUUGCUUAAAGGUCACAUAUUCUCCUCCUCCUCUUCAACCAAGUCUCAGAGCUCCUCAAAACAUGUGUGUGAAGUUUCUUGUUCUAAAUCCACUCUGAUCCUGUAUUUGAUCAUGUCUAUAAACCCCUCUAUUUCAGCCCUGCUCAGAACAGGCUGUUUCUGUGUCUGUACCUUUAAAUAUGUAAAUGAGCUGUGUCUGACCACGCCCCCUCUCUGGAAGGGCUUGGGUGUCUCUGUCUUUCUUGCUCCAUGUCCUAUUGUUUACGGUGAGAAGGCAGACUCAGAGGGCAGAACAAACACCUAGCUGUGGUAGUGUCACCCACCUGGGGGAGGGGCUACUGCCCUUUGUGAUGUCAUGAAGGGAAAAUCUCCAAACGGCCUGUUUGAACACACAUUUUCUGAAAAGUGGAGCAGGCAGAAGACAGAGAGGAUGGACUUUUCUCAUCAUUGGGGGGUUUGUAGACAGAUUAGAACAUGAUGAAUUUUACAUAAUAUGUGACCUGAAACCACGAGGCCAAUUUGGUAUAACUUCUGGAGGUUUCAGUCCUACAGCUUGUUCCUCAUCAGAAAAAAAAAAGCCAUUAAGUCGAAUGCUCAGGAACAAAUAAAAAAAUGUGAAAUGCUGGGCAGAACUCCUGCUGUGGCUCAUGGGAUGUGAUGACUCAGAACUCCUCGAAUAAAACGUAUAAAAAGAUCUUCUUCCAAAUGAAACACCAAAACUUUUCUACAAACCAGGAUGUUGUAAGAGACACCACAAUGCUGCUUUUAAAUACUUAACACACGUAGAUAAAUUGAAACGAUCUCCCCACACAGGCGUAUCUUAACCACUUCUUUAGAAUAGACCACACCCUGAUGACCCCUCUUGACCCCUUGUGACCCCUCGAUAAGGACUCCAUUAGAUUGAUUUCUUUUUAUUUUCUUUAUUUUUUAUUUGUUACAUUUUUUCUUGAAUUUUCGAGAGGCAAAAUGUUUCAAAAAGCCGUGAAAACCUUCUGCUUUUUAUUUGUUUUUUGAGAAAGAGUCAACCUGGUUUAAAUUUCAUUCUAACCCGAGUUAUCAAGAUUGUAAAGUUCUGGGUGAAUCGGCCGUUUGGAAGCAAAGAAACGUCGUCAUAAUUAGAAUUUCUUAGAACACGGCUGGAUUGAACACUUUGAAUUCCGCCCCUCUCUAACUCUCUUUCAAAUCAAAUCAAAUCAAAUUAAUUUACGUUUGUCGUUAUGUAUUUUUGAGACGCUUUAACUUGUUUUUCAGGUUCAUGAGUCCACAGGUUUCUUUACCAAUCUUCAUUGAUUACUCUGUCGUUAAACCUGAGCUAAGUAUGAUUUAAAAACUUCUCUUUUGAUUUGUUUUUAAUUAACAUUUAACAAGUUGAGUUGUUUUUUAAACUAGAGGGCACAAAAUGACCCUCUAGAGAUUUGGAAUGGGGGAAUUCAAUCCACAUCAAACCAAAGUUAAAUAUUUAAAACCGUAUUUAGCGUGUUCUACGUCACCUUUAUUAUUACACGUUUCUCUUUAGAAUCAAAUUAUGAAGGAGACUGUGGUCGAGGGUCUGGCGUUGUAGUACUCUAACUUUUUGAAGGUCUCGGUCUCGUCUAGGAAUCGAAAGCAUUUUUACUCGCUCUUGUCUCGGUCUCAUGGGCGGGCUCUGGAUUUUAAAUCAAGACCGGUCUAAACCAACACUGAGAAGUAAUUUUUCCAUGUCAUAACUGUGAUUAGAAAUAAAACACCAAUUUCUAAAAGAACAAAUUACUUCUAGUGGUGAUUUGUAUCCCUCGGUUACAGCCGCCAUCUUCCUGGUGUUACAGUCUAAGUGAGUGACACGCCCUCUGCACACAAGAUGAUUAUUCUUCAGUGAUGUUUAUGGUCUUGGUCUUGGUUUUGUCUCGGUCUCGGGGCACUCUGGUCUCGGGUAUGUCUUGGUCUCGACUCGUGUGGUCCUGACUACAACCCUAUGAGGGGCUUCAUGGGACAUUUCAAAGGUUUAUUUGAAGUUGUUUUUUCUGAGCUGUAAGAAGCAGAAAAACAAACUGUGUCAAUGUAAUAACAAGUUCAAGCAUCAUUGACACAUGUUCCCCUGAAGAGCAGCCUCGUGCUCGUUAUUCCAGGAAGUGUUGCGACAGAGUGAAUCACCUCUGCACGACAAAACCUUCAUGUGAGUUUUUGCCCGAUCCUCUGGCGACCCCUUCUGGUCAGAGUUGGAACAGCACGCAGAGACAGUGAUGAACGAACAUCACGUCUCUGAUCAGCAGGCAUAAAACAUAGACGUCAGAUAUUUGUUUAUGGUCUACUCUGAGGAAAACAAACAAAACAAAACAGGAAGUAAGCGAGGAAAACCCAUGUUAUCAGUAUUUUUUUUACAUUUUUGAGAUGGGAAUUCAGGAAGACGUUUUUAUCCGCUGCUUAAUUUUCUAGAAAGAUGCUCAACAUUUUUGUGUGUAAAAUGUCACGACGUCAAGACGAUAAAUAAAAAAUGUCUGUUACAAUGUCCAGAAAAGAAACGGGACAAUAAAACACCCGAUUUCAAGUCUGUGAAUGAAAUUGUUCAUUUUCUGUAAUGACCUUUUAGACUCUAAAAACUUGAACUACAAAGUUCUUUGUCUCUUGCAUUCUCAUUGGUUCUGACACCAAAGCGUCAACCUUUGCAGACAACCUCAAUCAUCACUGAUGAGUUUGACAGCUCUGGUAACAUUUUAAAUCCAUCCUUAGGUCUCAUUUGUUUCACUCUGGAUGGAUUUUCUGAGAUGAAAAAUUAUAAUAAGAUGACAUAAUAGAUUAGAGACACACAACACAAUACUCCGUUUACACGUGAAGCCGACGACGUCUAACUGCAGUGAAACUCUGAGGAACUCAUCCCUCCAUGUUGUGUUUUUUUUUAUAAUAAAAACUGCUGUUUUAAGUUUGUGUGACACCGGCGACCCUCCUGCUCUGCCGGUGUCACCGAGACGAUGAAAUGUUGACACCACCACCCUGACACUUAGUCCUUGUUUUAGCUUCGUCUGCUUCAAAUCAACAGGAGUAGACGUUGUGUAAAAGCUUUUAUGUGGUCACUCUUUCCUCGGAUGUAGUUAAGUGAACAAUAAGGCUCGACGAAUCCCAUUAAAAGGUGGAAACCUGCGACGUCUUUGAUUGUUUUCUGUUUCUGUCGGCGUCAAACACAGCUUAAGACGUGAAGUAAACUUGACAAAACUGGAUUUAAAUUAAUAAAAAGAAGGUUUCAUGUGAAAGAAAAGAGACUUUAUUGCUGAUUUAGACUUGCAACAAUUGGAGUCGCCCCCUGCUGGUCAUUUUAAAGAAUGCCGUUUUUUUUAGGUGUUUCUUAAAAAAAACUGGAGCCCCUUUCACAUUGCCAGUUCAAGGCGGGACUUUUUGUCCCAGAGGUGUAAUGUUGGGGCGAAGUUGUUCCUCCCGCUGAGCCGGUGUUCCGUCUUGACGUGCUACCUUGUCAAAUGAUGCUACCUCUGAUUGAUUGAUUGAUUGCAGAGGCUUUUUGUAUCCCCUGUCAAAUAAUGCUCCCAGUACAGAGUCACUUCAAAACACGAGAACUCGCUGCGUUUGCAUUGUUAGCAAAAAAGACGCACGUUUUGCUACUCUAUAAUAAAACCUUUAUUUCAGAUUUUAGAGGAAGAGCGUAGAAGCACAUCUCGAUGGGUAGCACUAUUUGUUAAAACACCGGCAUCACGGGUUAUUGAAGAGGUGUAACAGAUGUAAAACGGCAUCGCUGUAAAACGGUGGGUUGGAACAGCGCUGUUUUUUGCACGUUAAGCUCCCACUGUUCCAUCACAUGUCUUUUGCAACGACCACUGGGGACAACGGUAUCACACAGUUGAGGGUUCAAUGUGUCAGUACAAAGGUGUAAUGACGAAAGAGCUUCGUUAAGUUGCUGUUUGGGGGGAAAAAAGGGUCCAAGAAGCAUCGUCCAGCAACGGCCUCAAAAACAAUCAGACGUUCUUAUCGUUUCCCUUUCUCUCCGUGUUUCACAGAAAGAACGCGAGAUGUUUCCACAAGUGCUGCACUUCUCCUUCUAACACCACUUUCUCCUUAUUGGUUUUUUCUCUUAAAAUACCAAAAACUUGUAUUUCUGUUUAAUGAACAGCUUCUCUAACGCCCACAUUGAUAUUUGUUUUUUUGUUUCUUUACGUCAGAAGAUUUAUCCAAAGGCAUCCGGUCCUUUUCAUGAUCUUCACCCAAGUCCAGUUACCUUUGGAUCAUGCUUUCAAAUUUUUGUUCCUUUAUCUGUUUUUGUGUCUCAACGUACUCUUCCUGCAGAAUUAAGAUGAAAACAUGCCGUACGUUUGCCUUUUUCCUUCUAGUGUUUCCAGGUUUACAGACACAAGCUCUUUUAAAAAGCAUCAAAAAUAUGUUUUCUUGCACUCUUAAAAAAGCAGGUGGUGUCAGUAUUUCAUCCUCCAGUUGUGAUUUUUCUCCAAGUCCACUGACGUGUGGACACCGGCUCCAGAAAAUCACCGCCUCACUCUUUUAAAAAAAAUGUUAAUUCCUCCUCUGGUGGACGAAGGAGUCGUUCACCUCCACGUGUCAUGUAGAUGUUUUUUAAUAUAUGUGGCAUCAUCUCCAUCUGUAGGCACUCCUUCAGGCAGGUUUAAGGUAGAAUAUUCUGAGUUUACUUUCUUCUUCUUUUUGAAAUCAGUAUUGUAUUUAUUUAAAAAAAAAAAAAGACAGUGUUCAUGACUGACUGACUGAAAGGCUACGCUGGUGAGAGGCGAGAUGUAGAUUUGUGGACGCUCCGUUUACAAACGCCUUUGGAUACUUGACUUCUGUCAAUAAAAAUGUGAAAAAUAAUAAAACAGUAUUACGGAA